AUGGCGUUGCUGCUCUCAAUAUCUUCGACUCCUAAAACGACGUCUUUUCUGUGUCCCUCUCCUUCUUCAACCUCACCCGCAACUGCGAUACCAUCGACGGCGUCUUCUUCGAAGGCUCUCUUGCCUCCUUUUAAAAGAACUCGCGAUUGGAAUUUAAAACGUGGACACCGGAGGUCAUGGGCUGUGUGCAUGGCGCCUGAUGAAGAGAAGAUGACUCGCCGUUCCCCUCUAGAUUUCCCAAUCGAGUGGGAUAGGCCAAAGCCUGGACGCAGGCCUGACAUCUUCCCCCAGUUCAGCCCAAUGAAAACUCCAUUACCACCGCCAAUGCCGGCUGACCCUCCAGAAGAAGACGAGGAGGAAGAAGAAGAAAAGAAAGAGGAAGAGGAGGAAGAUCCUGAAAAGCAAGACCCUGAGAAACCCGAAUAA